AUGAAGGUCUCAGUAACCCUUCUCUUUGCUGUAGCUGCAGCUGUUAUGGCCCAAGACACUGUCUCCGUGACUGCUGGUGGCGACUGUGAGCCUCACGGCGACCACUGGCACUGUGCUCCUGGUGUCGCUGAACCCACCACCCCCCCUACUCCCCAGCAGCUCGCCAGCCACUCUGCUGAGGAAGCCGCCGAGGAUGCUACUACCGCCACGGUCAUUUCUUCCGGAACGGCUCUCAUUACUCCCUCGCCUUCGGCUCACGACCACGAUGAUGACGACCAUGACCACGACCACAAGGCUACUGCCAGCACUUGCGAGCCCCACGGCGACCACUGGCACUGCCCUGCUGGUGUCGCGGAGCCCACUACUCCUCCCCCUGCUAUAGCUGUCUCUGGCACUGCCACCGUCACCUCAGCUCGCAGCCCAUCUGGCAGCCCAACGCCCCAACAGACUGGAAACACUGCCGCCCACAUGGGUGCUAGCUCUUUUGCUGCUCUCCUUGGUGCCAUCGCUUACUUCAUGUAA